AUGGCUGUUAUCUCAAUUUUGAAGCAAUCCCUCCUGCAAAGGAAGCAAGAAUACCUCCAGGGACCAUACUACCAUUUGGCGAGAGGCAAUUGGAGACAAAGAAACAAACAUCCUGUCCCACCUCAUCGAAAUUCUCCUCUAGCGAUGACGGACUCUGCCGCCGGCUUCUUCGACACCAUUUUCAAACCCAGCCUAGAAGAUGCGAUUCCCAAAAUACAUAAUCCACUCCCCCAGGCAAAUCAGGCAGAGCCAUGGGUUGAACUGUAUGCAGAAACCGACGAAUCAUUGAAAAGAAGAUUCUCAACACACAACGAAGUAUCAGAAUCCGGGCCCGUUACUUCGCCAGAAAAGUCUAUGGUAUUAAAACGGAAACUUCUGCCUACCAUUCCUCGUAGGAAUUUCUAUGCCCAACUUGAGCAGUGGUGGGCGUCGAGACCUCUUCGGGAAUCUCUUUCUGAGGUCACUGGAAGCAAUUUGCCGGGAUUUACGGCAGGACAAAGCAGACAGCCAAGGUUCUCCCGCAAUUCUCUCCCUGCUGACAAGCCUAAGGGGACGCACAUUACGGCAAUUGGCGACGCAUAG